UGGGUCCAACCUCGAUGAGCAUCUUGAUAUCAUGUUACCUCCAAUUACCAAAUGUUUUGUUUAUAUGUGAUACUAUUCCAUGUAAUUGUACCUGACAGUGAUAUUUGGUAAUAAAUUCAAUUCAAUGUUUAAAUUCCCUUUAUUCGCACAUGCUCAGACUGUAUAUCUACUGAUCGUGACUUAAAUACACCAGUGACUCCCGCUAAUCGCUACAGACCAGUGCUCCGAACAAAACGUUCAGGACAUUCCCUAUCUCACAACAUCUCGUCACAACUGUCACGGUAUCGUUAUGUCAUUCGCUGUAGAAGUGUUUUUGUAUUUCCAAUGCUGUACAUAAGUCCCGAAUCCGCUCGGAAAGUGAUGACACCAGAGGAAUCGUUGGAGAGCCAUAUCUUCAUCAAUAUUCGAAGUUGACAUCUAGAUCUGAGGAUUUCUUGCCAUUAAUUGGAUCAGAUAUACGAAUUCAGUGAAUAUAUAGCAGAGGCCUAUAGUGAUGAUGACGACACCACCCCAAGUGGAGACAACUCUCCCUCCAGGUUCUGGCUCGGAUGAGGACAAAUACGUUCCAAGCCUUUCCGAAUGGCAGGAAUGUUGUAAUGGGUCACGACACGAUAUUAACUUCAAUUGCGAUAUAGUUCUGACCGCCUUCUCUUCAUGCAACAAACUUCUCGACAACCUCAUCAUUGAGGUACUCGUCUGGGUCGUUGGACUCUCGUCCUUCGUUGGAAACACAUCCGUGCUGUUACUGCGAUCACGAACCAUCUGCUCGAAGGCAUCACGGAUCAGCCGCAUCAACGCCAUCAUGAUCCUUAGUUUGGCAUCUGCGGAUAUCCUCAACGGCAUUUAUCUCCUCAUCAUAGGGGCUGUGAACGCGAAAUUCGGUAAGAACUACUACUUCUUCGCAGAUGAGUGGCUUGAAAGUCCACUCUGUCAAAUAGCUGGCUUCUUAGCCACACUGUCUGGUCAGACAUCUGUAUUCAUGUUAACUGUGAUCAGCAUUGAACGCAUGUUGGCCAUCGUUUUCCCGUUCAGGUUGAACCUCCGCAUGGGCACCAAAGUAACAUGGGCAAUUGUCCUACUUGUUUGGUGUGUAUCGAUCUUUAUCUGCUCCAUCCCGUUCAUGUUUCCCGAGAGCUUCACUGGUUUCUAUGGCAACUCGGAUGUCUGUAUAGGACUUCCGGUCGGGCUCUACAUCUACGCGGUUCCAGGAGGAGGUGAAGCGGGUGAGAUGGAGAUCGAAGGGUCUUCGUGGUACUUCGGCAUCGCCAUUUACGUCGGGAUCAACAUCCUCUGCUUACUCGUCAUCCUUAUCUGCUACGUAAUCAUUUUCGUCACGGUGAAGCGUUCCGGGCGUAAUGUCAAGAACACUAAGAACAGCACGCAGGAAAUUCAGUUGGCGGGAAGAAUGUCUCUGAUCGUGUGCACCGACUUCGCAGCCUGGUUUCCCAUCGUCACCAUGUUCAUCUUGGUAAUCGCACGAGCUUGGGAUAUGCCUGCCACUCUUUAUGCUUUCGUCGUUGCCAUUCUACUGCCAAUCAACUCAGCGUUAAAUCCCUACAUCUAUACUGUAACUCAAAUCAUUUCAAAGAGAAGGAGACGACCAGGAAAGACUUCAAACGGUGCAGGAUCUAGGGGGAUAUCGCUAGAUAAACUGACUUAACUUUUCUUUUUAAUUUAGGCAGGGUUGGCACGUUUUAAAGGUGUGUUUGAAAACACCUUUUGUUAACAAAAAAAAACACCUGUUUUAAAACACCUCAUAGACUUGUGUGGUGCAAAUUUGCAUGGAUGUGAUUUUAGAUGAAUGUUUUAUUUAAUACUUUUAUAUAUUAUUUUCUUCUGACUUAUCAAAACUCUUUCACAUCACUACUCCUUUUCUCCUCUUUCUCUUCCCCCUUAUUCUCCAUUUCUCCAUCGUUUUGUCAGGUUCCUUUCCUCCCUGUUCAAUUGUGCACAUCGAUUCAUUUAUGUUCUCAUUUUAACAAACAUACCUGAGUGUUGUGCUCAUUUUUUGGACAGGGAAAGAAACACUAUUUAAAACAAGCUCAAAUACAUGUAAUAGUAGUACUUGGAUGAAUUGGUAGUGUUGCACAAGCAUAAUAAUAUUUUACAAAUAGACUGUAAAACUGACAUCGUACUCUUAAGGUAUAUACAAAAGCAGGUGAAACUUUGCGCUUUGUAACGAUGAAGAAAAAUACUAAACAGUAUGAGAUAAUCAGCGAGCAAACCUUGAAGGACAAGUCCACUCCAAUAAUGAGUUAAAUUGAGUAAAAUAAGAGAAAAAUCCAGCAAGCAUAAUGCUGAAA